GCGGGUCCGAACGUCCUGACUGACAUAUAGAGCACUAGAGAGGAUAAGUGUCUUGUUCUGUCUGCUUGGGAAAUUCAUGGGGCUUUAAAUUUUUCACCGGGACACAGGUCCACCCAGGGGGGUCAGUGAGGUUUUCUGUCUUCAUGAGCUCCAGAUGAGAAGAGGCUGAGCAGAGGUUCUGUGAACUGCCCUGAAAUUAAUUUUGCAGGUGCUUGGUUCUCAUUGCUAUUGAAGACAAAUUUUGUCUUAGCCGUGAACUUGCCCUGCAAUAUAGGAAUAAUGACUGUUGCCAAUGCCAAAUCUGGCACAGCCAUGCAGCAGGUGCUGGAUAACCUCAAGGAGCUGCCGCCUUCAACAGGAGCCAAAGACAUCGACCUCAUCUUCCUCCGUGGCAUUAUGGAGAGUCCCAUAGUUCGUUCCCUUGCUAAGGCUCACGAGCGAUUGGAGGAUGUUAAGCUGGAGGCGGUGCAAAGUAAUAACGUGGAGCUAGUGAGUGAGAUCCUGUCUGAUAUGAGCAGUCUGACCACUCAUGAUGAAAGUGCAGCAGAACUCUGUAAGAUCCUGAAGGAACCGCACUUCCAGUCCCUGUUAGAAGCUCACGACAAGGUGGCCUCUAAGUCAUAUGAAGCUCCUCCCACCAGCACCAAUUCCACCAGCAUGGCCAGCUCAUCCCUCAUGCCGGCUGACACGGUUCGCAUGAUCAGCAUCCAGAAGAAGGCUGGAGAGCCUCUGGGUGUAACAUUCCGGGUGGAGGAUGGCGACCUUGUCAUCGCGCGUGUUAUGCACGGCAGCAUGAUUGACAGGCAAGGAAUGCUGCAUGCAGGUGAUGUCAUCCGAGAGGUGAACGGCCGAGAGGUGGGCAAAGACCCCAUGGCAUUACAGCACAUGCUGAGGGACUGCAAUGGAAGCAUCACACUCAAAAUCCUGCCCAGCUACAGGGACACACCUCCGCCCGCACAGGUGUAUCUGAAGCCACAUUUCAACUACAAUCCUGACACGGAUAAUCUGAUCCCUUGUAAAGAGGCUGGUUUGGCUUUCUCUAAAGGAGACAUUCUGCAUAUAGUGAACAAGGAGGACCCCAACUGGUGGCAAGCAUGUAAUAUAAAUGGAGGCCGCACUGGUUUGAUCCCCAGUCAGUUUCUUGAGGAAAAGAGGAAGGCAUUUGUGAGGAGAGAUCUGGAUGGAUCAGGAAUCCUCUGCGGGACAUUAACUGGAAAAAAGAAGAAAAAGAAAAUGAUGUACUUGACAGCGAAAAAUGCAGAAUUUGACCGCCAUGAAUUACAGAUCUAUGAGGAAGUUGCAAAGAUGCCUCCAUUCCAGAGAAAAACUCUUGUGCUGAUUGGUGCACAAGGAGUGGGUCGCCGAAGCCUCAAGAACCGCCUGAUUGUGUUAAACCCGCUGCAAUAUGGAACUACUGUACCUUUCACUUCUCGGCAUCCACGUGAUGAUGAAAAGGACGGCCAGUCAUACUGCUUUGUGUCCCGGGAGGAGAUGGAGAUGGACAUCAAGGCAAGCCGCUACCUUGAACAUGGAGAAUAUGACGGCAAUCUAUAUGGAACCAAAAUCGACUCUAUCCAUGAAGUCGUUCGUACAGGACGCACUUGCAUACUGGACAUCAACCCACAGGCGCUAAAGGUACUGAAGACAUCAGAGUUCAUGCCAUUCGUGGUUUUCAUCGCUGCCCCAGAGCUCGACACACUACGGGACAUGCACAAAGCUGUGGUGGAUGCUGGGAUCACAACCAAGCUACUGACGGAAACGGACCUAAAGAAAACAGUGGACGAAAGUGCCAGGAUCAAGCGGGCGUACAAUCACUACUUUGAUCUGACUAUAGUUAAUGACAAUCUGGACAAGGCCUUUGAGAAACUGCAGGCAGCUGUGGAGCAGCUGAGCACACAACCACAGUGGGUCCCUGUGAACUGGGUUUACUGAGACGUACAGCGGUCCAAACACCCCAUCAUCAUCAUCAUCUUCAUCAUCAUCAUCAUCAUCAUCAUCUGUGGCACAGAACACAAGUUCACACUGAACGGACCCAGCAGUCACUAUGCAAAUGUACACUAGCCAUCCAGUCACGACAGACAUAAGGGAAGUGUACUUAUUUAUUAAUGUUAUUUUAUUUUCUACUGACUAAACUUAAAAACUUGGAGGGAAAAGCAAAUAGGAUUUUUUUGAAUGGCUUGUCAUUAAAAUAGUGAUUAACAAUUUUCCAAAUAAGCAUAAGCUUCAUUACAGUAUUUAAAGCAGGGGGCUGUUUUCUUGCUGUAAUUUUAGUGUUACAAAUGUUGGUUUACAGUGCAGGCUUCAUCUCAUUUCUUCAUCUGUCAUACAGUUCAAUCACUACAGUAUGUCAAGCAGCUUUAGUUUAUCCAGCUUUAAACUUAAGAUCUUUAUAAGUGUCAUCCUCUUUCCUUUCAGUUCAAUUCAAGGAAGCCAAAUGUAACUUUUACAAUAGCACUUUAUUUUACAGUCCUGUUAUGUAUGUACUGUAAUAACUAGGUACUAAUCCUGAACCUAAACUUAGCCCAGAGUAUACUUCAGUUUUGACGCGAACGCUUAAAGGGGUCGUUUACUAAAAAAAAAAAAAAAAAUCAUUUACUUACCCUCACGUAGUUUCAAACCUGUCUGAGUUUCUUUCCACUGCUGAACAUAAAAAGGUAUUUUGAAGAAUGUGGGUAACUAACCAAACAGUUGUAUGGUUACCCAGAUAGUAUGGAAAAAAUACUAUGAAAGUCAAAGGGGACCAGAAACCAUUUGGUUAGCCACAUUCUUUAAAAUGUCAUUUUGUGUUUAGCAGAAGAAAGAGUUUGGAACAACUUUAGGGUGAGUAAAUGAUGACAUAAUUUUAACUUUUGUGAACUCCUGCUUCAUUGCGUCAUCCAUCCAGGUUUUUUUUUUUUUUUUUUUUUCUUUUUUCUACUUUUCUACAUUUCUAUUGAAAUGAUGGGCCGGUUCAGUGUUUCCACCUUGUGGACAAACCAAUUAGUGUGGAAAAAAGUAUCAAGACACAUGCUGUUCCCAAAAUCGAAUACUUCCCUACUACAUAGUAUGCAAAAAACAAUAGUGUGCAUUCGAUGGACACUUUACUAUCCCAUGAGGCCACGGCAGACAAUUUAUGAAUGGACAGAUGCCGGUAGGUCACACAUGGCAGAUGUAGUAUGUUUGAAUUUCGUUCAUACUACCUGUACUCAUACUAUAUAGAACAUUAAUUUUUUUUUUUUUUUUUUUUUUUUUUACUGUUGCAAAGUAAAUUCAAAUGUAAUACCUAUUACAGCGAUUUCAGAUGCACCGAGAGCUUGAUCUCUGCAAAACGAAAGUAAACAUUUUCUAACAGGUGGGUGUUUUUAAAUAAUGCAAUGAAAAUGAUGCCCCUUACCUGACCCCACCCCUAAACAUGGCAGCAAAUCAGGUAACACUGUUUAAAACGGCCUCAUUUUGGCCUUGCCCACUGAUCUGGUAACCCAUUACUGUCCUGUAGAGACCUAUAUUUGGACAGAGAACAGCGUACAGUACAUGAGUACUAUGCUUAUGACGAAAUUUACAUCACAUGCACGGUGUAAAAAUCUACACUUCAGUUUUAACGUUAAUGCUUAGCUUAUGCAUAGGGCAGUACGCACUAUAAAAUUUCAUUCUUGUCCAGCAUCUGCACCAAUUCUGAUAAAAAUGUCUUUGUACUCUUGUUAAAUUAGUUGCAUUUGUCUCUUAACCACCUUACACAAACACUUGUCACUGCAGGUGUUUAUUGUUAUUGUGGUCUACAGUAAUUUGUUGUUUUGUCUCAUUCAUUUCUUUUUCGACUUGAAACAACAUCCCAGGCCACUAAUCAGUGCAAAAAAAUUUAAAGGCGCAUGUAGGAGCUGAGCGUAAAAGUACUGCAUAAUAGGUACAUAAUAGUACUGCACUCUAGGCUUAAGGGACAGUUUACACAGAACAAGUUUGUGUGUUCCAUUGCACUGUUUUUUUUGUUUUGUUUUAAUAUUCAUGUUUCGGUACUUUUAAGUGUCUUAUCUUGUGAAUUAAAAAUAAAAAUGUUCCUUUUUCUUUUCAUUCAUGGAUGCUGCACCUCUGCAUCUGGAGAUCUUUGUGCAGCACCUGUAGUUUUUAAAAGCAAGAGCCUGUUCUGUGUGAACAGCCCUUAAACCUAACCUUAACUCAAGUCCAAGUUACCUUACAUUAUAUUACCUUAUAUUAAGUGCAUGUACUAUAAAAUAAAGUGCAUCCAGUAUCAUGGUUUUAAUUUUAUCAUUGCAGAUUUAUGAGCUAAAAUCAUUGUGUUGCUUGUAUGUCCUAGUAUACAGAAUCAGCACUGUAUUUAGCUAAAUGCCUUUUUCACAGGCACAAAAUCACAUUCAAACAUGGAAUAUAGACCAAGUGUGUCGUGAUCACAAGCCACCUGGCCUCACAGAUUCACAACCUGUCCUCUAGCUGUAUGUAGUGAUGUACCUCUGUCUCUGGUGUCUUGCUCCAGUGUCUUUUUCAAGGCUUUGUAACUGAUUUUUAUCCAGCUUGUGUAUUCACUUGAAAAUUCUAUAUUUUGCAAUACAGAGAGUUGUAUUUUGUGAAAUUAAACAGCUGUCUAAUAAAUUAAUCUUAAUUUUGGAUCA